CGCGCGCCGUUCAUCCCGUCGGGCACUCACCGGCUGAACUCAUGGUGCCUCCCUCCCAUGCGCCGUUCUUUCGCUCCCUGCCCCCUAACCCGGCGACUUUUUUAAGGCAUACUGGUCCCUCUGAGAGCUGCGCAGAAAGAAAAAGCCCACUGUUCAGUCUCGGCGGCUGCUGAAAAGCGCAACUCGUUGUCCCGACUCCUGUAUAACAUCCCCGCAACGGAGAGCGAGCGAGCGAUUAGGGGCGAAACGAGCCUCAACAGCUACUAGCGCUCAGCAAAGUCUCCGAGAUCCUCCUGCAAGCUGCAAACGCAGAACCGCCUAAGGGCCAACAGCCGCUAGUGCAGCCAAACAACGCCCCCAAACAAACCUCCAUCCUCUUGCCGCCGACUCCGCCUUUCAUCUUCUCACUCCAUUCCAGGAAAAACGUCCAAUCAGCGCAGGACAACAAAGGGCGCAACCUGGUUUUUCUUUCUUCCUUCCUUCCCCCUCCUUCGCGGUGGCUGUUGGGAGUUGUAGUUUUCCUACCCCAGCGGUUGGGCCGUACGGGGAGAUUAUACCGCCCGGGCUCGGCGGACUCGGUUUCCCAUCGUGCUUGGAGAGAGUGGCACGGAUGGCGGAGAAGGAUGACACCGGAGUUUGACGACGAAGUGGUGUUUGAGAACUCACCACUUUAUCAGUACUUGCAGGACUUAGGACAUACUGAUUUCGAAGUAUGUUCACCAUUGUUGCAAAAGCUGGAAGAAUGUACAUCCGAAAAGGGGCAAAAGGACAUGGAUACAGUUGCCACUCAGAACAAAGGCAUCCUGUCAAACCUAGCUGAGAAACUGAAAAGCUGGCUGGUUUUUUUACCAAAUAAGAAAAAAGAUGACGUACUUAAUCAGUUGGAUGUUGGUUUUCGCUCGGAGGCUCUCUGCACCAUCCUGCAACAGGAAGUUCUGCUGCAGGAGGAUGUUGAACUGAUUGAGCUGCUUGACCCCAGUAUCCUGUCUGCAGGGCAGCCCAAGCAACAGAAACAUGGACAUCUUCCAACGCUACGCUCCCUAGCAACUCCUAAUAUUUGGGAUAUCUCAUUACUGCUUGCCUUCAUCAGCACGCGGGUUAUUCUUCCUUCUUUGUGGAAUGGAUCACUUGGAUUGGUGUGGGGAUUAGGCUUGUUGGUUUACAUGUGCUUGCGAGGUUUGGACACAUUGAAGAUAGCCAAGCUGCAAAUGUCCCUAAGAAAAUGCCAUUUCCAGCUAGAAGAUAUAGUGACUAAUUGCCGAGCCUUCACUAGCCUUGUGAGAAAAGCUCUACGGCUCAUUCAAGAAACUGAAGUCAUUUCCAGAGGAUUUACUCUUUUGCUUGACAGGGUCAGUGCUGCUUGCCCAUUUAAUAAAGCUGGACAGCAUCCUUGUCAGCAUCUCAUCGGUCUUCGGAAAGCUGUUUACCGAUCAGUAAGAGCCAACUUCAGCGCUUCAAGACUUGCUACUCUAUACAUGCUGAAACAUUACCCGUUGAAUUCUGAGAGUGACAAUGUGACAAACUACAUCUGUGUAGUGCCUUUCAAAGAACUGGGCCUAGGACUCAGUGAAGAGCAGGUGUCUGAAGAAGAAGCACACAAUCUCACAGACGGUUUCAGCUUGCCUGCACUAAAGGUUUUAUUUCAGCUUUGGGUUGGACAAAACUCUGAGUUCUUCAGGCGGCUAGUUCUUUUGCUGUCUCCCUCCAAUGCAUCUCUCAAGACCUCGAUUGGGCCAGAGCAUUUGCCACUUUGUAUCUUUUCUGAUGUAACUCAAGGUUUGCCUCAUGCUCAUGCUGCCUGCUUAGAAGAGCUUAAACGAAGUUAUGAAUUUUAUCGGUACUUUGAAACGCAUCAUCGAUCUAGUUUGGAACGUUCAGUCAAAACCGAACAGAAAUCAGGAGAACUUAACCAUCUCCACACAGCAGUGCGCAGUUUGCAACUCCAUCUGAAGGCCUUACUGAAUGAAACAAGAUGCUCAAAGAGCAUGUCAGACAAGGAAUGUCUUUUUACAGUCAUUACGUUGCCACCAGUACUGAACAGGCGUUCUACUGCGGCGCUUGAAGGCAUGCCUGUGUUGUGCUGCAAAAAACACCGCAGCACACGUGGAAAGCCAUGGAGUGAUGACACUUCCCUGCUGGGAGACCUCAGAGUAAUAAUUCUUGAGGAUGAACUUGAGAAGUUUAUUAGUUCCAAGGAAAGCCAAGAACUAACUUCAGAGGCCUACCAUGUUGUAGAGAAGAAACUGAAACUUGUUCAACCUCACAUGCAAGCAAGCAACAGCUGCUGGGAAGAGGCCAUUUCUCAGGUGGAAAAAAUGGUUCAAAGAAAUCCAGAGAACAAAGUCAAACCUAAACCAUCAUGUGAGAACAAGCAUUGCACUAUGUUACCUUUGCUGCAUCCAGCUGUGCAAAUAGAAGAUAAAGACCCAAUCCCAGAAGAACAGGAACUUGAAGCAUAUGUUGAUGAUGCAGAUAUAGACAACGAGUAUAAGAGAGAUGACUUUUAUUACUUUUCCCUGGAAGACAGAGAGAGGCAAAAACGUGAAAGAGAGGAAUCCAAGAGAGUGCUGCAGGAACUAAAAUCUGUGUUGGGAUUUAAAGCUUCAGAGGCAGAGAGGCAAAAGUGGAAGCAACUCCUAUUUAGUGACCAUGCUGCAUUGAAAUCUUUGCCUACUGCAGAGCAAGAGAAACCCAUGAAUAUUUUGGGAUUGCCGAAGAAUUCAGAAUCAGGCAAGCAGGAUUACAGCAGAGAUGUCAACUUAAAAGAAACAAUGUCUGACCUCCAAACGCAAGCUGACAAUGAGAAAGGUAGGACGGAGUACCUCUCUGAUGGGUCUGGCAAGAGCAAAAAUGACAUCACUAAUAGUGAUUCACCAGAAGUUGAAAAAAGAACAUGCUACCAGUGCAACGGAGAAGGUGAAGAGUCUGAGCCAGCUGGUGUGGAUGGAGUUGAUGUGUUGAAGUCCUCAGAGAGAGAUGUGUUACAGUCCUCCAUCAAAGAAAGACUGUCUGAGCUUCAUAGAUCAGCAAGUUUCAAUUUCACAUCAGGUCUAGCAGUACAGGUUGCUGCCAGGUCGCUGACAUUUACAUCCAUGCAAGAGCAAACAUUUGGAGAUGAGGAGGAGGAAAUACAGGAAAAUGAAGACUUUUUUGAAAAACACAAAGGUGAAGUAAAUGAGUGUGAAAAUGAAGAAUUAUAGAGCACACCUAAACUUUGCUUUGGCUAUUUGAAUACCACAGAAGGCUAGUGGAAUAACCAAAAGCGGCAACAUGCAAAAAUGCAGCAUUGAUAUUGGUUGUUGGAGAAGAUAACCUUUUAAAUCAUGACUUCAGUUGGGCUUGACUAGUCUUUUGAAUAUAUAUACACAUGCAAGUAUAAACUAGACUCCAAAUGUAUAGUAUGUUUCUUACAGGUACUAUGAAUAACUGUGGCAUUUCUUUUAAUAUUUUAUCUUUAUUUAUAAUAAUAAGGUUUGUUCCAAAAAGGAAAAAGGAAAUUGUCUAAUUGCCAUGUCAUAAUUGCUGGUUGUAAUAACUUAAUUAUAAAACUACUUGAAAUGUGUUUUCAGGAAGAACAUAUCAUGUGGGUUUCCCUGCCUGUUUUGCUUUCUGUUGUUUUUGCUUUCUAUCACUUAAUAACCUGCUUUUUUUGUUCUUCCAUUGAUUCAUCUGGCUCACAGCCUAAAAUGUAGAUGGUUUUAUUUAAUAAAAGCUAUAGCUAGUGUAUCCUGGAAUGCUAAUCUAAACUAAUAAAAAGCUGUUAGCAAGGUGAUACAAAGCAAAUUAACAACCCAUCCUUGCAUAUUUUAACUCCUGGAGAGGAUAAUUUAAAUAUUUCAUGUAUUUACAAUGAAAUUUCUCUGCACUCCAAAUAGUGCCAAGUUGUCACAUGUCAUACCCAUUCCCUCUUUAGCAGAUAAGGAAAAUUAAACAGGUUCUGAACGGGC